CACUUUUUUUAUGGUAGUAAAUGAACUGAUCAUCGAUUAAAUGAAAAAGUUAGUAACUUGUUUUAUGGUACGUGUACAACGACAAGCUUCAGAAACUAGGGAAAAUAUCAGUGCACAAUUUCCCCUGUAUUCUCUCUCCCCAACAAGAACCAGCUCAGUCAAGAAGUUUCUUUUAAUUUCUCCCUUUCAUCCCCUCUAGACUAGAGGCUAACUAAAACCAUAAAUCCGAGUUACCAACCAGAUCCUCUCUCUCUCUACCAAACAGUUUGCAGCUCCUGUGGCUUCAUCUGAUCCUCUUCUUUUUAUCUUUUUUUUAUUCCUUUUUAUUUGCCACCAAAAUGAAAAAGAUCCCCUCAGUCUUUCCAUCCCAUUCCAGACAAGUUGCCAAUUUGGGGGUUUUCUUUCUUCCACUUAGAGAAAAAAUAUCCACAAAGUUUCCAGCUUUACUGCAGAAGAAUUUGGGGAGGGAGAUGAAGAUACAGUGCAACGUGUGCGAGGCGGCGGAGGCGAACGUGCUGUGCUGCGCAGACGAGGCAGCAUUGUGUUGGGCCUGCGAUGAGAAGGUGCACGCCGCCAACAAGCUGGCAAGCAAGCAUCAGAGGAUCCCGCUUACCAGCUCUUCCCCUCAAUUGCCCAAAUGCGAUAUUUGUCAGGAAAUGGCAGGUUUUUUCUUCUGCCUAGAAGACAGAGCUUUGCUCUGCAGGAAAUGUGACUUGGCCAUUCACACAGCAAAUGAAUAUGUGUCUGCUCAUCAGAGAUUUUUACUUACAGGAGUGAAGGUAGGUCUUGAGCCUACUGAUCCUGGUGGAUCUUCGUCCUCAGGGAAGUCGCCUUCCGGAGAAAAGCCAUCGGCGAUAAAAUCUCAAUCUAUCUCUGAAAGAGUCACACCAGCAAUUCCUUUUGCUAGUUCCUCGAAUGAGACUCCAUCUGUGAAUGGUGGUGGAUUAAGGAUCUCUGAGCCUUCUGCAAAGGUGCCUUUUUCUGAGGGUUAUCAGGCUGGAGGCAUCCAACAGUGGCCACAUCUAGACGACUUUAUGAGUCUAACUGAGUUGAACCAAAGUUACAGUUACAUGGGUAAUGGUUCAUCAAAGGCUGACAGUGGGAGGCAUGGAGACUCCGACAACUCCUCUGCAAUGAUGAGGUCGGGCGAUGACGAAGUGGAUAACGACGACGAGUGUCUCGGUCGAGCUCCGGACAGCUUUUGGGCAGUGCCGGAGAUGCCAUCACCACCGACUGCCUCGGGGCUCUGCUGGCCAAGAUCCACCAGGGAACAAAACUGGGAUCAUGAGGUGGUAUCUGUACCAGAUAUAAGCUGCUCAGGUGCUCACACCGACUGUGAUGGUAAGAAGCAACAUGUUAGAGCCCGAAAGAGGCGGAGGCAACAACAGCAGCGUUGGAUUACUCCCUUUUGAUGGCCGCUCUGCACCCUUUCGUUAGUCUUCAAUAGAGGUUGAUUUGCAUUCUUCCAUGAUUUCUGUUGCGAUCCUGCUCUUGCUUUUGCUUAGUAUCGCGAAGAGCAAAAUGGCUGAUGCUUUCAAAGUGGGCAUUUUGAGUCGAGGGUGAUGUUUUCAGAAGAAUAAUGUGAUGAAAACUGAUUGUGUACUGUGGUAGACGACCUGCUGUGAAGGAGAGUUCUUAAUUUGCAGCUGUUAGUAAGUAAUGUAAAGUGUGAUUGAUUUAUGGAGUUUGCUCUUACUACUAAUGAGUAAUGACACGACAUGAUAACCAAGUAACCAACUCCUAUUCAUAUAACAGAAUCAAAAGCAAGCGCGAAC